AAAUAUUGUGUUCAAAUGGGGUUCGAUCGUCUUUUUACUCACUUUUUCUAACCCUUUUCUAUCGUCACUAAACCUUUUUCUUGCUCUUCUAUUUUAUCCUCUCGCUCUAGUUCCAUCUCUCCCCCUUUCGCUCUCUAGAUAGAAUGUUGUGUGUAUCAUGUCAAUAAUGGAUUAAGAGCUACGUUUGUAGAUCUUAUGCCUUUCAAGACUUGAAUACAUGGAUGGUUAAUGAAGAUGUAAAAAACGUGUCUAGAAGGAGCGAGAGGGAGAGGAAAGGGAGAACGGAAAAAGGCAAAAAAAAAAUUUUUAAUUUUCUUGAAAAAGGUUAGAAAAACUUAUUUUAAAAAAGCAGGUCGAAUUUCAUUUGGGCUCAAAAAUUUAGGUCAGUUCAUCCAAUUAACCUAACUUCUACCACAUUUCUUUUUAUGUAAAAAUCCAACCUUUACCGAAUUACAUAUCUAAAUAUCGUACCUAAUUUCUUAGCUGUAUCUGUAUGUAUGUCAUUGUAUGUGGGUCUCUCUCUUUUGUAUAUAAUAAGCUGUAUGUGGGUCUCUCGAGGAUUAAAAAUUAAGAACGAUCACCGUCAAGGAUUUAUAAAUGUUGGAUCUGACUUAUGAUUAUAGUUUUAUCAUAAUUUUGUUUUCUAAUGUAUAAUUGUCUUACAUCUGGACCUUGAUUGACGGCCCAGAAUUGGUUUUCCCAUUUUAUUACGAUUCUGUUCUUCCGAUUAUCUAAUCAUUUGACUUCAUUAGAUGGUGACUUCUUCUGGGGUUUUCCCAUUUUCUUAUGCAUUACUCUUUAAUCUGUCUCUCUUUCAUCCUAUUUUUCAAUUGGGUUUUUAGGAAACGUUUUGUUCUUCUAAAUCGUUCUUGAAAUAGCUGGCAUCAUUGAGAUAUACGUGUGAUGAUAUUUAAAUUGCAGAGCCUAUGAAAUCUGACCAAGUUUUGUCAUUGUUUGGAUUAGGACAAACUUUUUCUUUUUCUUUCUUUUAUUUUCUAAAUUAAGUUAAUGGCUAUCUUUUGACUUGGGUUUCUAUUUUAUUUCCAAAAUUUGUUGUCUACUUUGUACCAUGGCUUUAGAAGAAGACUGAUUUCUAAUAAACCCUUUAAUCAAUUUGACAUUGAGUUAAUACUUUCUUCAAUUACUGGGAUUUCUAUUUUGGAUUUUUGUGGUAAGUUGUUAAACUAACUUAUUUGAUAACUGUUUGGUCAGAUUUAGUUCCUUCUCAUUUUGAUUUGUGUUCUUUGGCAACUACAUUGUACAACACAUGGUUUGUAUAACUUUCUGUUAAGUCAAAGAUUUCUAUUGCUAGCAGCCAAAUAGAAGGGGAAAAAAAAAGGAAACAGAUGUUCAAUGAAGAUGAUGACAAAAUAUUCAAGCUUGUGUUCACUUUAGACAAAAGCAUUUAUUCCCACUUUAUAGCUGGAACAGUCUCAUAAGUGUGCCUUGUCCUUUUCUUUUUGUUUUGAGUACAACAAUUCCAUGGUGGAAUCGGAUUAUUGACCUUUAAAAUGGUGAUUGGUGCUUAGUUUACUGAACUAUGUACGAAUUGAGAGGUGUUUUUGUCUUCUUUUUUAUAAGAAUUAAAAACAUUUAAUAAGCAGCCGUAAUUAUCUUUAUGAGUUCUAUUUGGGGUAGAUUUUGCAAGUCCACGGACUUUUCUUGUCUAUAAAUACGUGAUGUUUUCUGAUUUUUGAAAGACGUGUCUUAGUUGUUUUUCAUUUGUUUCUCUUGAGCUAUUCUUCAUUCUUCUGGAAUAUAUGCUUUGUGUCUCCGAGUUCCCAGACGAGGCUCGCCAUUUCUGGAGGGAAAGAGAAUUCUGUUUCUUAAAGAUUUUUUUUUUUUUUAUUAAAAGUCUGAGAUUUUUCUUCUGCUUGAAGAGAUAGUGACAGAACUUGCUUGAUUGGAGGUUCAUCAGAUUGGAUACAUACUUCUUAACGUUCUUCUUCUCUGUCUGUCCUGACAUUUUCCUCUUAGAGCAGUCUGCAGUUGUUUUGAAGGUGGUGGUACUUCAUCAUGGAAAAUGGAAAGUAUCAAGAAUAUACACCCAAGGAGUUUGAUGAGGUUCCACCAUUAAUCAAACACAUAUCAUCAUCACUUGAUGUGGCUGGCUUUGACAGUAUUGAAGAGAGUGACCUUCCAUAUAAUCAGUUUCAUUCAAGUUGUUCUCAUUCCCCCUCUUCUCUGCCUAAUGAAAAUGUAUCAUCACCUGCCGUGCAAAGUGAUAUCGAACUUCAGUUCGUUAACCAUCAAAGAAAACAUUCUGUUUCUAUCAGCAUGCCACCAUCCCCUGUGGCAGUUCAGUUGACCCCCAAAAGAGUUCUCUUCAGUGGUGAAACAAUUAUAAACUACGGAAACGGUCCUGCUGCUGUGAAAAAAUCAAAGAAAGAUGCAAUGUUUCACUCUCAGCCAAUUCCGAGGGGCUCUACAUAUGAGGAUGCGAUGAGGAACAUGAAUGCGAAUGCGAAUGCUGCACAUCACCCUAGUAGAAGAUUGAAGGACAGAAGAUAUGAUUCUUUCAAAACAUGGUCUGGAAAACUUGAAAGACAAUUGACUCUACUUCGGGGAAAGUCGCCACGACAAACUAGUUCAGAUGAAACUGAAGUUCAGGGAUCUGGAAUUGAAAACAACAUAUCCGUUGAUCGUUACUUUGCUGCAUUGGAGGGUCCAGAGUUGGAAACACUUAGGGCUUCAGAGGAAAUACUGCUCCCAGAUGACAGGACAUGGCCUUUUCUACUUCGAUUUCCUAUCUCAUCGUUUGGUAUCUGUCUAGGUGUUAGUAGCCAAGCAAUCAUGUGGAAAACGCUGGCCACUUCAGUUUCCACAAAGUUCCUUCAUUUGAGCCUGAAAAUAAACCUCGCUUUAUGGAUCAUUUCCAUUGCUCUUAUAGUCACUGUCGCUUCCACUUACCUCCUGAAACUUAUUCUCUACUUUGAAGCCGUUCGACGUGAGUACUACCAUCCUAUUCGUGUCAACUUCUUCUUUGCACCCUGGAUAGCCCUCUUGUUCUUAGCAAUUGGUGUUCCUCCAUCAGUUGCCACCAACCUGCCUCCGGCAAUUUGGUAUUUUCUCAUGACUCCAUUUCUAUGCCUUGAGCUUAAGAUUUACGGGCAAUGGAUGUCAGGAGGCCAACGAAGGCUGUCGAAAGUGGCUAAUCCUACAAAUCAUCUUUCCAUCGUGGGAAACUUUGUGGGGGCUUUGUUGGGAGCUUCAAUGGGAUUAAAGGAAGGGCCCAUAUUCUUCUUCGCAAUCGGAAUAGCUCACUAUUUAGUCCUUUUUGUAACACUCUAUCAGAGACUACCAACCAAUGAGACACUCCCAAAGGAGCUGCAUCCAGUAUUUUUUCUUUUCAUAGCAGCACCAAGUGUUGCAUCUAUGGCAUGGGGAAAAAUUCAAGGCUCCUUUGACAAUGCUUCACGAAUGAUGUACUUCAUUGCUAUGUUCCUCUAUUUCUCACUGGUUGUCAGAGUCAACUUUUUCCGGGGCUUCAAGUUCUCACUGGCCUGGUGGGCAUAUACUUUUCCAAUGACUGGUGCUGCCAUUGCAACUAUAAGAUACUCAACUGAAGUUACAAAUACAUUUACACAAAUUUUGUCUGUUCUACUCUCUGUCACUGCUAUAAUCAUAGUGGCAUCUCUCCUUGUAACGACUAUCAUCCACGCCUUCGUGCUACGUGACCUCUUUCCUAAUGACAUUGCUAUAGCCAUUAGUGACAGGAAGCCAAAACCACAUAUGAACUGGUUUCAACAACUAAGACAUGGAAGUUCAGAAUCCCAAGAUAUCGAAAACUUCUUGAAGUUUUCAAGCUCAGAUAGCAAGGAUCUAGAAGCAUCUCUUAGAACGAAAACCUCCGAAGGCGAAGGCGUGAACCUCCAACCGUCAAAUGAUCAACUCCAUUGAUCUCAAGCUCUCCAUCUGUAUAAAAAUCGCAACUCAACAUUGGAGGAACUUGAUUUUGUAGUUUAUUGAAUGGUUCCAAUGAACAUGUUGGAGUUGGAUAUAGUUAAGUACAAUCGAGAUUUGUUAGAAAUAGCUCUUUUUGUUAGAAAUACCACGUUAUGUAUUAAGAUUUGUGUAUCAACAUCUAUAAUCGGCUUGAUAUCUUGUGUUCCUGUGUGAUAUGAAUAAAGUAACUAUGUUUAAGUA